UAAAAAAAUUUCGAGUCGUUUGACGUGUGUGUGGAAACUGUUGUAAGCAUCGAUUGAGGACUGCGGAAGGCAGAGAUUUAUGGCGUUUCCACGUGAUGAUGUUGAUGAAAUAACACGCAGAUGGAUACCGCAGCAAAACAUCACCAUCCCCAAAUAAGCCCUAGUCGGCCUAAUUACGCGACAGCUAUACACAGAUGCAUGCCAAUGAGGUGUUCGACACAAGUCCUCACUCAAUUGGGUGUGAUCUCGGAUCAAAUUUUCGAGUGAAGACAGCACUGUGCUUUAUCAUAAUUUUGGGGGAUAUUGUGUUUCGCGACAUGGAGCCCAGAAGACCCAAGUUGAAGAAUGCCGAAACGAGGCAGACCUAUUCAACAGGCAAGAGGAAUUCAAAGGGGCCUCACUUGUCUGAAAUCCAAACAGAGAAUAAGCCAAGGGAAGAAUCAAUUUGGUAGGAGAGGGAAUCAUGGCAGAAUAGCGAGGAUGCAAUAUGCCCAAUUGAGAGACAGCUAAGCAGUACCUCUCCCCUCUCCAAUGAUGAAGGUGGUUUUGUUGCAUGAAAGGGUCAAUAGAUAAAGGGGGCCAUAGUCAUUUACCUCCCAAUCAACAAGAUUCUGGCAGCGAGGAAUGCAGCAGCAGCGAGUCCGGGUGGACGACGUACAUAGCCUCCCCGGACCUUCUCGAGCACGAGUACGCUGACCAGAACAAUGAAGAUGACGAUGACGAUGACGGCGAUGUCAAAAUAGCCCGAAAAGGGUUCAAGAAAGUGGAGCAAGAAGAAGCAGCAGCAGAUAGCGAUGACUCGAUGGCCUCUGAUGCUUCCUCUGGUCCUAGUGAUCAAUAUGGAUAUCUCGGCAGAAGCCAUGGGGGUUUGAGCCAUGCAGGGAGCAACAAUCAAAGAAAGGCGGCUGCAAAGAAACAGGAAGAGAAGAAGAAACAGAUAAAGGGAGAAAAGGACAAAUCUGGUAACAGUGCAGGAAGGUUGAAGAAAUUUUAACCAUAUGCUUUUUCAACAGCCCCACUUGUGUUAAGUGAAGGUGUGGAAGCAGACUGGCUGCAGCCUACAAUCUUCUGGCAGGUUUGAAUGAGGCAGUGCCUGCAGGUGGGGCAGGAGGAGUGCGAGCCAAGCCAUCUGUCAAUGCAGCGGACGUGGAAGCCAUGGUUGCACUUAGGCAGCACCCUCACCCGCUCCCCGGGUGCAAACUCGGAGAGGCAGAUGGCGCACUCGGUGUCCAAGCCAGGUAGCUUCAGCUCAGCUGCAUAGCUAAUGAUGGGAAAUGUCUUGAGGGCCUUCUUUUUAAUCCCGGUAUUGGCAAGCCGGGCAGCGGGGGCUGGAGCCCCCUCUGCGUCGGCUGAGACGAGGGUGGAGCACCUUAGAGCGCAGCGGAUGAUGGAGUUGAGGCCGAGGGAGCAGAUCAAGGCGCAGAGGAGGACGGAGAGCACCAUCACCACGUUUGCAUCGAAGUUGCUGGUGUCUCUGAGAGGAUGCGUCGGUGUUGAGGGUGGGGGGGCUGAGGGGGGACUGAGGAAGAGAGGGUUGAGGAGAAGCCUUCUUGAAUGUGUGAUGAGAGAAGUUGAUGCAGCAGCCAUUUUUUGCUUUGGUGUGGUUUGGUUUGGUUUGAUUUAAGAUUUUUUUUUGGUUUGGAGGUGGAUGCAUGUUUUUAUACUGGGGAAAAAGUUCACCUUGGUGGGAUGCAACUUUUCUGGAUUUUGAUAAUGUUUCUAAUUUAAUAAUUUGCAUCAACUGUC